CGUCUCCUCCAGGUGGUCUGCCGGUCCUCUACUUCCGGGUGAAGUUCUGGGUGAGCGACCCGGGCAAGCUGGCGGAGGAAUACACGCGCUACCACGUGUUCCUGCAGCUUCGGCGGGAUGUGCUGGAAGGGCGCCUGUCCACCCCGCCCUCCACGGCUGCCCUGCUCGCCUCGUACGCCCUGCAGUCCGAACUGGGCGACUACAACAUCGACGAGCACGGCAGCACCUACCUGGCUGACAUGAGGCUCGUCCCCAACCAGAACGAUGAGCUGGAGAAGAAGAUCAUCGAACUACACAAACUGCAUAAAGGGCAGACUCCAGCAGACGCAGAGUUCAAUUUCUUAGACCAUGCUAAGCGCUUAGAUCUCUAUGGCGUCGACCUGCACAAAGCCAGGGACUCAACCAACCGCGAGAUACACCUGGGUGUAACUGCGAUAGGUCUGGUCGUGUUCCAGAAUGGAAUAAAAAUAAAUACCUUUAGCUGGGCCAAAAUUGUCAAGAUCUCGUUCAAGAGGAAGCAGUUCUUCAUUCAACUUCGAAGAGGCUUGACAGACCAGACUGACAGUAAACCCGACCCAGGUUCAUUUCUACAAAUUGUCAAGAAAAGACUCUAUAGAAAGUCCGAGAAUUAUGACAGUGUACUAGGUUUCAACCUUGGCUCCUAUCGGGCGUGCAAGUGCCUCUGGAAGUCUUGCGUUGAACACCACACCUUCUUCCGUCUUCACACUCCAAGGACCCCAGCCAGAAAAAACUUACUGACGCUGGGGAGCAAAUUCCGUUACAGUGGUCGCACGGAAUUUCAGACAGUGGAGGAAUGUAAGAGACGGGCAAGAGUGGAGAGGACAUUUGUCAGGUCUCCGUCCAAAAGGUUUGCCCGCCAGACAGUGCCGACUCCGAGUGAUAUCAGCCGCAAACCUCGAUCAGGCUCGGGAUCCUCAGUUAGGCCAAGAACCGACUCCUCAGGGUACAAAGUCACUUCCCUCCAGGGCACCAAGACGCCGAAGAUGGCGUGGGGCGAAGCGCAAACACCAGACACAUCUGGUGAAUGUCAGUAUGAUUUUUAA